AGCUAAGAGAGACGGUCGCUCAUGAGCGGGCGCGUCUUGGUAACCGAUCUCAAUUUGCCGCUACAUUCAAUGUUCCAGAACGCCGAGUCAUACACCAUCCAACCAUCUCUACCCAGUGUGUAAAUAAGUGAAAAAUAAAUACAAAUCGAAGGAAAACAAAACAAAGAGAAAUCAUGUAUUCAGCGAAAAACGUCCGCCCGCGCAGCAGUCUCUCCACAGACGACAAUCAUCGGAUCAAGGACACCAACCGGCCCCACAAGGCCCCAAGCAACACGAUCCUCACUCUGGCCGCUUUCUGUGUCUUCCUCCUGGUGCUCUGCGGCUUCCUGCUGGGUGCCCUUGUCUACGUCGGUAAGAAUAUUGCCGACGAGCAUCAGAGGCAGCAGCAGCAGCAGCAACUCGCCGCCAACAGUUCACAGUUGGCCUCGAACGGUGGUUUUCGCACAGUGUACGUGGACCGGGAUCAGUUGCUCUCCACAAAGCCCAUACUGAGCGUCCUCGCAGAUAACCGAGUCCACACCACCCAAUUGCCCGGUAGCAGUAAGAACCACGCCAUGGCCACCCUAGCGCCCGCCGUCAAAGUCGCCAGCAAGGUGCUCCAGCAUCUGGGAUUCCGGCUGCCCCAGCAGAUCAAGCCCAGCAAGUACCGCCUGAAACUGCGCCCGGAUCUCGAACGGAAGAACUAUUCCGGCAACAUUAGCAUCAGCCUCCAGGUGUUGGAGCCCAUAGCAUUUAUUCCCGUCCACGUCAAGAAGCUAAAUGUGAGCACCGUGGAGGUGCAGCGCCUGGACGAAUCGGGAGCACCGCUGAAGAGCAUCAUCCCAACACUGACCUUCGCCCAUCCGGAGUUCGAGUACUGGGUCACGGAAUUCGAUCAACCCCUGGAAGUGGGCAACUACUCGCUGAGCCUCAACUUCAGCGGAUCGCUAAUCGAUCGUAUUACGGGAUUGUACCAGAGCUCCUAUCUGGACAAGCUAAAGAACCGCACCAGACCGAUUGCGAGCACCAAGUUCGAGCCAACGUACGCCCGACUGGCCUUCCCCUGCUUCGACGAGCCUGCCCUGAAGGCCCAGUUUACCAUCACUGUCGCACGUCCCAGUGGCGAUGAGUACCAUGUGCUCUCCAACAUGCCGGUGGACAACGAGUAUGUCGAUGGCGACCUCACCGAGGUGACGUUUAGGGAGAGCGUGCCUAUGAGCACCUACCUGGCCGCCUUUGUGGUCUCUGACUUCGCCUACAAAAGCACCAUAGUGGAGGGAACUUCCAUUGAACUGCGUGUUUUCGCCCCCCCUGCCCAGGUGGAGAAGACCCAAUAUGCUUUGGACAUGGGAGCUGGAGUUAUUGCCUACUACAUCGACUACUUCAACACCUCGUACCCGCUGCCAAAGUUGGACAUGGUGGCCAUACCCGAUUUUGUGUCCGGGGCCAUGGAGAACUGGGGUCUUGUCACCUACAGAGAGACUGCUCUUUUGUACGACGAAGAGACCAGCUCCAGUGUGAAUAAGCAACGUGUGGCCAUCGUAGUGGCUCAUGAGUUGGCCCACCAGUGGUUCGGUAACCUCGUCACCAUGAACUGGUGGAGCGAUCUCUGGCUGAACGAGGGUUUCGCCUCGUUUGUGGAAUACAAGGGUGUAAAGCAAAUGCACCCGGAUUGGGACAUGGACAACCAGUUUGUGACCGAAGAGCUGCACCCAGUAUUGACCAUCGACUCUACUUUGGCCUCCCAUCCCAUUGUCAAGUCUAUCCAAAGCCCCGCCGAGAUCACUGAGUACUUCGACACCAUCACUUACUCCAAGGGCGCCGCCUUAGUUCGUAUGCUGGAGAACCUGGUGGGCGAGCCCAAGCUGAAGAAUGCCACCACUCGUUACCUGAUUCGUCACAUUUACAGCACUGCCACCACGGAGGAUUACCUCACUGCCAUCGAGGAGGAGGAGGGUCUCGACUUUGAUGUUAAACUGAUCAUGCAGACCUGGACGGAGCAGAUGGGUCUCCCAGUCGUUCAGGUGGAGAAGAGUGGCACUACCUACAGGCUCACUCAGAAGCGUUUCCUAGCCAACCCGGAUGACUAUGCAUCCGAAGCGGAAGCCUCAUCCUUCAACUACCGCUGGUCGAUUCCCAUUACUUACACCAGCAGCAUCAACAGCGAGGUGCAGUCCACCAUCUUCAACCACAAUGAUAACGAGGCCAGCAUAACGCUGCCCAGCGAGCCUAGUUGGAUAAAGUUUAACAAGGAUCAGGUUGGGUAUUAUCGCGUCAACUACGCCAACGAGCAGUGGGCAGCACUUACCAGUGCUCUGAAGGCCUCCCGUGAGACCUUCAGCACGGCUGAUCGUGCUCAUUUGCUGAACGAUGCCAACACCUUGGCCGCUGCCGGACAACUGGACUACGCCGUGGCGCUGGACCUGAGCACUUACCUUGAGAGCGAGGUCGACUAUGUGCCCUGGAGCGUGGGAACGUCGUCGCUGGCCACGCUGCGCAACAUUGUCUACUACACCGAUUUGUACAGCAACUUUACCACCUACGCCCUGAAACUGCUCACACCCAUUGUUGAGCGAGUAACUUUCACCGUGGGCACCAAUCAUCUGGAAAAUCGCCUUCGCAUCAAGGUUCUGAGCUCCGCUUGUAGCCUGGGACACGCAAGCUCCCUGCAACAGGCUGUCACGCUGUUUAACCAGUGGUUGGCCAGUCCGGAGACCAGACCCAGUCCCGAUGUCAGGGACGUCGUCUACUACUACGGUAUGCAGCAGGUGAACACUCAGGCCGUCUGGGAUCAGGUGUGGCAACUAUACAUGGACGAGAGCGAUGCCCAAGAGAAGCUGAAGCUGAUGAACUGCCUGGCCGCCGUGCAAGUGCCCUGGCUGCUGCAGCGAUACAUCACCUGGGCAGGUGACGAGUCUAACGUGCGUCGCCAGGACUACUUUACGCUGCUGGGUUACAUCUCCAGCAAUCCGGUGGGCCAAAGCCUGGUCUGGGACUAUGUCCGCGAGAACUGGGAACAGCUGGUGGCACGCUUUGGUAUCAAUGAGCGUACCCUGGGUCGAUUGAUUCCUACCAUCACAGCUCGCUUCUCCACGCAAACCAAAUUGGAGGAGAUGGAGCAAUUCUUUGCCAAAUAUCCCGAGGCCGGAGCCGGAACUGCGGCCCGCCAACAGGCUUUGGAGGCGGUGAAGGCCAACAUCAAGUGGCUGGUGGUGAACAAGGCUAAGGUGGGCGAAUGGUUGGCCAACUACGUUCAGCAGUCCUCCGUCACCAAUCGCAUCCAAUGAGUCGCCAGUCCCCAAAUCAGCCACUAGCACCCUGUAAAAUAUCAAUAAUGUAAAAACUACCAAUGGAAUUGAACAUAGUCUUAGCUAACGAAUGCAGCUAUUGCAUUUCAAAUGUGAACGAAGAAUUGUGAAUGCGUAUGAUAUUUUUGAAGAAAAUACAAGAUAAAAAUU